AGGGGCGAUCCGGAUCCCGGGGGAGGGGCAGCGGGUGGACGGAGCGAGCCGGCGCUGCGGAGCGGGAGGCAAGUUUCGUGGCGGCCGACGAUGAGCGGGGAGUGAGCGGAGCCGGGCUGCCGGCCGGACACCGACCUGUUGUGGAGAUGCUGCUUGCCGUGCUCCCGCUGCUCGCCGCCCUCACGCUGCUGCCCCGACCGGGGGCGUUACCGGCCUGGGACACCGACACCACGGCGGGGAUGGAGUGGUUGACCAAAUUUGGAUACUUGCCCCCAGCAGACCCCUUAACCGGACAACUUCAAAUCCAGGAGGCACUCACUGAAGCCAUUAAAGCCAUGCAGAAGUUUGCUGGACUUGAGAUCAGUGGAGUAAUCGAUGAGGCCACGCAGUUGCUGAUGAAGACCCCGCGCUGUUCCCUGCCUGACAUCUCCGGCGUGGAGGGGGGCAGCAGGAAAAGAGACGUUCAGAUCGGGGCCAAGUGGAAUAAAAGAAAUCUGUCCUGGAGGGUACGCACGUUCCCCCGGAGCUCCCAGUUGGGACAUGAUACAAUCCGCGCCCUCAUGUAUUACGCCCUGAAGGUGUGGAGUGACGUAGCGCCACUCAAUUUCCAUGAGGUGGCAGGGGACAACGCGGACAUUCUCAUCGACUUCCCAAAGGGCCAGCACAAUGACCACUACCCCUUUGAUGGGCCGGGAGGGGCAGUGGCUCACGCCUUCUUCCCUGGCGAUGGCCCGGCGGCGGGGGACGUGCACUUCGAUGACGACGAGGCCUGGUCAUUCAGGUCUUCAGAUUCGCAGGAGGUGGACCUCUUUGCGGUGGCCGUCCAUGAGUUUGGGCACGCUAUUGGCCUUCCUCAUUCCACGUCCAACCAGUCCAUCAUGAGGCCUUACUACCAGGGAGCUGUAGGUGACCCUCUUCAGUACCACCUGCCUUACCAGGACCAGCUGAGAAUCUGGCAGAUAUACGGUGUCAGAGAACUGCUGUUCCCCACCAGCCCCUCCCAGAGGGAGAAUUCAUCGGACCAUCCAGUGCUCCCAGCCCCCUCCCCGGGAAGGCGCCCCACCACGCAGCCGAGAGCCGACCUUCCCGACAGAUGCAACACCGACUUUGACGCUGUGGCCCAGGUUAGAGGGGAGGUCUUCUUCUUCAAAGGGAAGUACUUCUGGCGGCUGACACGCAACAAACACCUGGUCUCCCUCCAGCCGGCGGAGAUCCAACGCUUCUGGCGAGGGUUGCCGAGCAACAUGGACAGCGUGGACUCGGUGUACGAGCGAACUGCUGAUCACAAAAUCGUCUUUUUCAAAGGAGAUCGGUACUGGGUCUUCAAAGACAACAAUGUGGAGGAGAGUUACCCACGUUUUAUCACUGACUUUGGCCUCUCUGUGAAGAGUAUCGAUGCUGCCUUUGUCUCACCCCACAAUGACAAGACCUAUUUCUUUAAGGACAAUCAGUAUUGGAGGUACAAUGACCAUCAGAGGAAAAUGGACCCAGGUUACCCAAAGGACACUGGCCAGUGGAAAGGUCUGCCCAGCGGAAUUGAUGACGCCAUGAAAUGGUCUGAUGGUGCCACCUAUUUCUUCAAGGGGACAGACUACUGGAGGGUGACUCACAGUAACAUGGAGGUGGACCCUGGAUUCCCGCAGUCGGUCGCCAAGGACUGGCUGGCAUGCAGCGAGAUGCAGGCAGACGCUUCAAGCUCAGAUCGGGCUCAGUCCCGCCCUCGAACUGCCCCCAGUCACCAGGGCGAGGCCGGCGAGAGGGGAAACUGCUCCUGUGCAUCCGCGGCUGAGGCGCCUGGACCGGCGGCUGCGCUGAGACGGAAGCUGGUGCUCGCAGUCGUGCUUGCGGUCUCGGUCUGCCUUGGACCCCGGUAUAAAGGCGAUUGAUGGUGAACUACGUAUACCUGUCUGGACACGCCCCUGCUGACUGCUCCUGUGGCUCCUCCCACAGACACUGGUAUAAAGGCGAUUGGAGGCACUGCUUCUCCCUCAGUCUCCAAGAUGUCGUGGUCACAUUUGCAG